ACUGCUGUUACUGAGUUUGGGUUUUAUCCUUGUGCCCAGGACUCCGUUGUAUUUCUUCUCCACACCUCUGUUGGAUUUGUUGCAUUAUUACUGUAUGUGGAUGAUAUGAUCAUCACUAGUUCUGACUCUUCUGGUAUAUCUGAGGUCAAACAAUAUCUUUUCCGCACCUUUAAAAUGAAAGCUCUGGGCCCAUUGCUGUGUUUUCUUGGUAUUAAGAUAGUUUCUUCUCCCAAGGGCUACUUUUUAUCUCAGGUCAAGUAUGCCAAUGUGGUUAUUCAUCAUGCUGGGUUUACUAUUGUCCUCUACUUCCUCUCUGGAUUGGUGGCCUAUGUUGAUUUUGAUUGGGCUAGUGAUGUUACUGAUCGCAAGUCUACGUCUGGUUUCUAUAUGUUUCUUGGCGCUUCCUUGAUCUCUUGGAAAAGCAAGAAACAAACUGUUGUUGCUCACUCUACUGCCGAAACUAAGUAUCGUGCUAUGGCUCAUGCUACUGCUGAAGUUGUCUGGCUUUGUUGUCUUCUCUUUGACUUGGGCUUCCCUCUGUCUUCUCUGACCUCCCUCUAUUGUGACAACCGCAGUGCUAUUUAG